AUGGCUAAGUCACGGAAGCCUGUCUCUCGCGGCAGUGACAAGAGGCUAGUUCAGAAUGGCGCAAUUAAAAAGACCCAGAAAUCAAGGGGUAAUAAAAUAAAUAAGAUCACUUCGUAUCUGGGGAGAUCCCAAGAUUCCUCAGAAGAGGUUCCUAACGUCCCGCCGAACGAAGCGCGGCCAGAGCCAGUCGGUACUCCACCAGCGUGGGCAGUUGAUCGCCCCGAGUUGUGCGAUGCGCUACCCUGGUUUCGUUCAACUCAAGGAGGCUGCUAUUUCAAAGACGGCAUCGCAUUUGGCGUGCUGAUUGAUGGAGACGCCGGUGACAGGGCACAUCUAGACCACGAAGUGGUAAUUACUCGGGUUGGCGGAGGCUGCAUAAAAGUUGGGGGCAAACUUCAGCUUACUGAAGAUAUCGAUAUCAAGAAUCCCGCAUUUAGAGCCCUCAUAUUCAACCUGGAGCAUGAUAUCCCCGUUGGUUUGGUUGUCGGAGAUAGAAAUGUAAUUUGCACAACCAGGGUCCCGCAUCGGUACAACGUGAUGAGCUUCUUCCGAGUCACGGAUAUCUGGUACGAAAAGUCCGGACCAUUUACCGGAGCAAAAGUUCGUUUCGAAAAGCUAGAUCUGGAGUCUCAGAGUUGGUGGGCCGCCAAAAACGUUGACGUGCCAAUUCCUGUUAGUGAACGCACCGAUGCUAAAGCACCAGUACUCCCAACUUGCCCAGAGUGCCUCCAGUUAAGUCAUCAAGUAUACGCCCAAGGCUGGAUGUGUUUGAAACGCGAAUGCAAGAAGUUCUGGACAAUGAACAAUCGAAGCCCGCCGACGGAACUAACAUUCGCCCCGCACUUCUUGAAGAUGAGACGUCAAGCUCCAUGUCCGAUGCGACCCCAGCAUAGCUUGGUACCGGAUCUUCUCGCCACGUUGCCUCAAGAUAGCAGGAUCUCUAUUACUGCACGAGUGAUGUGGAAAGGGAUUGUUUGCCCAAGAUGCAACAGAUGCGUCGCAAGAACUCUCUGGAAUGGCUGGAGCUGCGCUAAAGAAGAUGGCGGGUGCGGAUUCAAGCACAUCAAUCUCCCAGUCUCUAUGGACCUACGAUCAAUUAUUUCCGACUUCGAGAUGGGCGCCGCAGGCCAUCGAUAUCUGGUUGGAAACGAACUGGUGUGCAGGUCUCGUGUUCAGUACCUAAAAAACUACCGAUUGGACAUGUUCGACCUAGGAAUGGGCAAUAUCAUGACCCAUUUCGCAGCAAAUACCACGAUUAACAAGCGUGAGGGUGGUCCAAACGAUCUGUUCAGGAAAUUAUGCACGGAAGAUAUCGGGCUGAAACGACAUAAGCUUCAAGCUAGCGUCGUUCAAGGUACUCUAACGUCGCACUUCGCGGUCAACUUUGGGAUGCCGUACAAGUAUAUAGUGGCUGUUGAUUCAAGGCCGUUUAGCGAGACACCGUCAUUCCUCCUUCGAGCCCUGGGCCGUCUUAGCUGGGCUGUCAUGAAGACGGUGCCGCCGACAGAGUUCCAACAACCCAAUGAACUCCUUACGCUGGGGUACUUUGAGAAAAUGGCAAUCAAUUACCAUGACGACGGAGAAGAUACGCUGGGGCCCACGGUUGCGACCUUAUCUAUCGGUGCUCCCGCUACGAUGCUCAUCCGCAUGAAGGGCAAAUACUUCAGAGUCCCAGAGCCCAAGAAGAAAAACAUAGCACCUAACGACCUUGUUCUGCCGGGCUGCGCUAUGGAAAAAGAGCGGCGCGAGUUAAAGAUGCUUUACGAGAACGAGGAGAUUACCUGCGCCGAAUAUUGGGAUGCCCUAGCGCGACUGAAGAGCAGCAGAAAGGAGGCAAAACCUAUGUGCUCGCUCGACCUCCAUCACGGUGACAUGGUUGUUAUGCACGGCGCGAACCUACAGAAGUACUUUGAGCACUCUGUAACACCGAACGGCGACCUUCGAUUUGCAUUGACGGCCAGAUAUGUCAUGCCGGAAUUGGUCGAACCAGAGCACCACUGGAAGGGCAAUCUUGAGCCUGGCCUGGAUUACAAGUACGACGGCGACGAGUAA